AAUUUGAAUUACAAAAAAUAUUUAAUAAUGCAAUUAUCAUAUUUAAUUUAUACAUGUUCUUUAUAAUGUUAUGACUUGCAAAAAGAUUCUUAUCACAGUUUGGAUUUGUCACUUCCUUGUUCAAGAGCUUUUGGAUUUUAUUUUUACAGAAUUAGAAACUGAUAGCAUAAUUUGACAAGUGUGUAUAUGAAUCAGAGUAUAUAAAUAUGAAUCCAGCGCAGAGAGAAUCAACAGAAGUAAAGUUUAAUGUUCCAUGGGGUCAUAUCGCAGCAAAGAUAUAUGGAUCUGCAUCAGAAUCAAAAAUUUUAAUGGUACAUGGUAUUUUAGACAAUGCUGGCACAUUUGACAGGUUAUUAGAACUACUUCCUCGCAAAUAUCAAUAUGUGUGUAUAGACUUGCCAGGACAUGGAUUAUCAUCUCCAUUUGCUCCUGGAGUAGCGUUACAUUUUUUUGAUUAUGUACAUUCAAUAACAUAUGUUUUGGAUGCCUUAAAUUGGAAAACCUGUAUAUACAUAGGACACAGUUUUGGAGCUCAUAUAGGAACAUAUUUUAGUAUUUUAUAUCCUGGAAGGCUAGAAAAAGUUAUAGCACUUGAUGGGACUUCACCUAUUCCUAUUAAAGACCCUGUUUCUCAUGUUCAGAGAAUGUACAACUUCAAUUCUUAUGCUAAAGACACAGGAACACUUUAUACAAAAGAUGAAAUAUUGUAUGCUCUGAAGUUUAGAAGACAAGAGACAUUAAAAACAGAAGCUGCAGAAGCAUUAUUUAAGCGCGCAGUUACAAAGGUCAAUGAUCUAUAUAAAUAUAAUCGUGAUGUUAGAUUAAGACAUUUUGUAAGACCAAUUUUUACAUUUGACCAGCAUAAAGAAUUUCUUAUUAAAUUAUCAACUCCACUAUUAUUAAUUAUGGCUGACAAUUCUCAUCAAUCAAUGGCAACAUUUAAAUUGGUUGAGCAAUUUGAAAAGAUUUGUGAUGAAAAUCAAUUUACUGUGGUUGUAGUAAAAGGAAAUCAUGAUGUACAUAAUAAUUAUCCUGAGAGGGUAGCACCACAUAUAUGUAAAUUUUUAAGUAAUCAAUUGAAGAGUAAAUUAUAAAAUUUUAUUUUUAGAAAAUUUUUUUAAUAUAAUGCCAAAACAUUAAUGUAUUAUGGUAAUUGAUAAAUGUGCAUUUAUAAUGUAAUAAUAAUUGGUGAUUAAUACUAUUAUAAUAAUAAAAGAC